CUCAGGUCUGUACAUCACAGCUUCGCAUGCACAGCUCGUGUCGUGGUCGCACGUAGAUCUCGCGAAUGCGACUCUGAUAAUUAGUUCUCCAAUCUCGACUAUUUUACCAAUGUCUGCUCUCGCCGGACCCUCCGGUAUCCCCGCAGAAGACAAGCCACCCACAUCUAUGUCCUCUAUCCUGCUCGAACCACUCAACCAAAUCCAAGCGUUGUCGCAGCAAUUCUUUCUCUCGCUGGGGCCUGCGCAGUCUAAGCCCCCGCCAGCCCCUUCGGUAGAUGCGUUUCUCGAGGUCGAUGCGGCACUUGCAGCCGCGGUGCAGUGUGCACGAGCACAUCAGGUACGACAGCGGCGAAUAGAGGCAUUGAAGGCUGAGGUGCUCGAGCUUGAGAGUGAGUGGCGAAGUGUGGUGGGUGCUCUCGAAGAGGGUAGGAGGGAGCUCGAGGGGAUCGUCAAGGAAGGCGAAGAACGACUCAAAGCCAUUGAAGACGCCAAGAAGGCUGCAAUCCCGUAUCCCGAAUUGCUCGCCUACGCGCAGAGCCUCUCUUCGUUCACGUCCGCGCCACCAAACAUGCCCGACCUGACGCUCCCAGGGCAACCCCCUCCUCCGCUCUUCUUCCCGCCCUUCCCGAACGAGGAGAAGAUGCGUCGCGGACAUAUGAACGACGAGGCGCCCUUGGGCCUGCUUGGCGAGACUCACUCUGUCGGCAAAGCACCCACCGUGCAGCCGAAGUCGGUCGAGCAUCCAGACAUGAUGGGUCCGGCCGGGAACCCUUACCGACCAGACCUCCGUGCUCCUCAGCAACAGUUCUUCGACCUGGAUUUGGACCUCAACCCGGACUUGUAACACACGAUGUAGCAAAUAUAUCUUCGAUAUCUCUGUUC